GUUUGAAUCGUUUUGGCGGUUGGGGAGAAGCUCUCAGCGCGAGCGGAUGGCGGCGGCGGCCUCACCUCACCGUCCGGUGGUACUUCAGGACCCGGUUCGCAGCUCAGAACAGAGAAGGCAGCAGCUUCAAGAAUAUCUUGUGAGAAAAGGGAAAUUGAAAAGCCAAGGCUCCAACGCCAGGUAUUAUUUGGGGGACAGGACUAAUCAUAAGAUCCAACCUCCAGCACCUCAACCCAAGGCUGCAUUGAGAGGUAACCCGAAGGGCGUUGUUGCCCCACAACCGAAGUUCAAAGGCACAACUAACCAAACAGCCACUAAUCAUGCCCGGCCUACUGCUGCCAAGUCCCAGAAGCAGGGCAAUACUGCAACCAAGAAAGCCCUUUCCAAAGCUCUGUCAACUGCUGAGGAAAAGCCUACAGUGCUUGUUUUCCCUCAAGCAAGGAAUGCCAUCGCUCUCAUCAAAACUGAAGACCCUUCAUUUCCAGUGGAGUCCACUGAAACCCAGGCUGGUACAGAGAUCGGUGCCAUGCAGUGUGAGCAACCAGCAGAGUGCCAGUGUGAUUCUAGCCUUGUGACUGGCACAUCAACACAAACCAACAACCUCCUUCACAGAUCAAGUGAACAAGCCAAGCAACGGAAAGGUGCUGCACAAACUCUUGACCAAGGCAACCGAAAUGCUCGGUGCUGGGACAACACAGCUGUCUUCAAGGCUCCAAAACAACAAGCGUUAAAAAACGACCAGGUCCGAUCAAACCGAACGAGCAGCUGGCGACAAACAGUCAGAAUAGACACAGCAAAUACAAACCGAGUUAUUGGCACAGUCAAGGUGGCCCCCAGGGCAAAUACACACAGAACCAUUACUAUAACUAAAGUGCCCCCUAGGUCAAAGACAAAUGGAACCAUUACUACAGCUAAGGUGGCCCCCAGGGCAAAUACACACAGAGCUGUUACGACAGCUAAAGUGCCCCCCAGGGCAAAUACAAGUAAAAACAGUGGCAUAGGUAAGGUGGCCCCUAAUGCAAAAGCACACACAGUUAUUGGCCCAGCUAACAUGGCCUCCCAUACAAGUCACACCAUUGGUGUGGGCAGAGUAGCUCCCAGAGCCAACAGAAAUGGAGUGGAGGGUACAGUUCCCAAGCACACCGCCACAGUCUCUGAGCAUGCCCAGCAAUCUGCAAUUGGAAAAUCCACUAGGUUCUCGAAGCAGGCCACCGCAGGAACGAGCGCUCGCCCACCUGCACAGGCCACAGGAACCAAGGCUAAUGCCUCAGCCAUUGCCACUGGGAACGGACUAGUGAAAGGGCUGAAACCUGUUGCAAGGCCUAAUUUAAGCUCAGCGUGGAGAUUAAUUGGAAUUCCAGCAACCAAUGUAAAGAGAAGAAUUGGGGCGGAACAUAGUAGAACCAAGCCAACAAGGGCAGCAACGGAGCCUGUCAAAGUCUACCGAGGCCCCAGCUAUGGGAACAUGCUAUUACAAGAACAGGACGACAGAAAGAAAAAACUUGAGGCGUGGUUAGCUGCCAAGGGGAAGACAUACAAACGGCCAGCCAUGCCGACUCCAUUAAGGCAGGCAUCCAUAUCUGUGAAGAAGAAACUGGAGGAUUCCUUCUGGGAGGCCAUUGAAGAGGAGGGAGAGCAGAGGAGUCUGGCCGAUCAGGUAGACUGUAUGCUGGACAACUGUAUGAAGCUACUUGACAAGGGCCAUCCCACUGAAGGGGUGUGUGCGGUGCUGGAGAACAUUCCCAAUAGGGAGAAGUUUGCCAAGUAUUGGAUCUGUCGAGCACGGCUGCUGGAACUCACGGAUAGCAUAGACGCCGUCAUUGCCAUGUUUGAGCAGGCUGUCCAUGCUGGUGCAAAGCCUGUGGACCAACUCCGAUCUGCCCUGGUCGAUGUCCUCAUGAGAAACACAAACUCACAAGCAGCCUGCACAGCCCUCGCUGCCCCUGUUUCCACGGAGAGUACUGUUACUGAGCAGAGCCCGGGAUUGGCAGAGGAGAAGCCAAGUGGCAGUGAAGAGGGUGAAGCCUCUGUGCCUGAGAUACCACAUAUAGCAACACUGGGCAUCCUGACUGGCCACAAAACCCAGCAUGGUUCCUGCAUCAUCAAACACCGAGUCACUGCCACCCCCCGGGUUCAAAGAGGGAAAGAGAAACAAGCCAGCAGUCAAACCGUUGGCCGGCAGAACCUGAAGUUCCUGACUCCGGUCCGCCGUUCUGUCCGGAUCGAGCACUUGUCUGCCUUGUUCCCCCCGGGGCUGAAAGACCACGAUCCCUGUGUGACUUCCUUGGGUGAGCUGUUGGCAAUGGAGGACGUGGACAUGUUUUUUUACAGAGAGAACGAGACUUUGCAGGAGGAAUUGUAAAAUAUAUAUAUAUAUUAAUUCAGCCAAUUUGUGUAAUAUACAGUAGAGCUGGAGGUGGGGAGGUCCAGACCGUUGCCAUAAUUUGGAAUGAUCUGCCUGAAAGGGUAGUGAAGUGAUAACAGCUUUUAAGAGAGAACUGGACAGGUAUCUGGGGAAGACGGGUUUGCAGGGUUAUGGGGAGAAAGCUGGUGACUGGGGUUAGUGAGAGUGACGCUCUGUCAAAGAGCCGCACAGACUCGAUGGACCGAAUGGCCUCCUUCUGUAUCGUAACAUGAUAUGAAUCUAUGAAUAAUGGGGAUACGCUUGUUGUUCAGCGCUUUUGCACUCACAUAGAAAGACAGCCGGCUCACUCUGCGCUUCAAAACACAUCGCCAUUAACAGGUGCAUUGCUGAUUUUCUGAGCAAUGUCAGGGUUUUGCGUUCCGAUCACACUAUAACUAAAGCUGCGUGACAGCUAAUCUACAUAUCCAGGCUUUGGUGUCUCUUUUUAUGUAAAAAAAAAUGUGUUUAUGAACUUGUAGAAUGAAGCAAUAAUAAAAUUUGUAUUUUAUGAACCAUCAAUCUUCAGAUUACCCGGCAACACUUGGAAAAAACACUUUACCAUUGCUUAAUGUGUAUGGAAAUGUCCCUGUAUCUGAUUGCAAUCUGCACUCUUCCCCGGAAGGAACCACCCGGCUUAUUUAAUUGUUACUAGGCACUGAUUUGCAAGAGCCGAGGCCUGGGGACCUCAGAGAAUAUGUUGGGAGUUUAACUAGCGAGAACCUCAUCCAGGUCAUGUGGAGCUUUGGCAAAUAGAUGUGUCCGCUGCGAGAGUUGACUGCUUUCCAAGGUGUUCAGCAACAUGCGAGUGACGGAGCCCUCCCUUCCUACCCCAAUUUUAUCUGGGAGAUUGUUGGCCAGGCCUUGCAUUUGUUAUAUCUUGGUGCAAAGUACAUGCAUUCUGAACAGCAAUUUACAUUUAUAUCUAUAGC